AUGGCUCCUGGUAGUAUUGCAACUGCUGUUCGUGUAGAAUCAAUCAGUGAAAAACGAAAUCAAGAAUUCCAUGCUUUAUUCCGUAGUGUUCCCGAAGAUGAUGCUUUGGUGGAAGAUUAUGGUUGUGCUUUACAAAAGGAAAUCUUGGUACAAGGUCGACUUUAUAUCUCAGAAAACCAUUUAUGCUUCAAUGCCAAUAUUUUUGGAUGGGUAACAAAUUUGGUGAUUGCCUUUGCUGAUAUUGUAGAAAUUGAAAAAAGAUCAACAGCCAUUUUCAUUCCCAAUGCGAUUCAAGUAUCCACUCUUCAAUCCAAGCACUUUUUCGCUUCGUUUCUUUCAAGAGACCAAGCUUAUGAUUUGAUUGUGGAUGUCUGGCGAUAUUCUCGACCAUUGUCAUAUAGAUCUUCGAAUGGAAGUACAGACGACAUACAGAAUAGCCAAUUGGACCAAGAAGAUGGAAUACAAGGCGAUUACAAUGAAAGACAACAAGUACCAACACAACAACCCUCUCAAGCUCAUGAAAGGACAGAUUGUACAUGUGGUGAAAACGGAGGUCAUUAUCCAAAUACGGUGAUGGAUGAAACUUACAAUUGUAGUUUGGAAACAAUGAAUAACUUGAUGUACAAUAGUGGAUUCAUGAAACGGUUUUUGAUAGAAGACAUGAAAUCAAUAGAUCUGAAUAUUGGUGAAUGGAUAAAGUCAGAAGAUACUGAACAACAAAUUCGAAAAACAUCUUAUAUCAAACCACUGAAUGGAUCCAUAGGACCAAAACAAACUCAAUGUCUUCAGACCGAAGAAGUAAUUUAUUCAAAUCUCAAGGAAAGUGUGACGGUGUUGACCACAACGCAAACACCUGAUGUACCAUCUGGUAAUUCUUUUUCUGUGAAAACCAAAACUUGUAUGACCUGGGCUGGCUAUGGUCGAAUACGUAUGUUGGUGACAGUCUUGGUUGACUUUACAAAAUCAUCAUGGUUAAAAUCUACUAUUGACAAAGCAUCAGUUGAUGGUCAAAUAUCGUUUUAUAAACAACUGGAUACUGCCAUCAAACAGUACAUGAAAGCACAUCCAGCUGAAUUUGCAUUGGACAGAAAACAUUAUCAAGGACGCAAAAGAAAGAAGGCAAGACGACACAAGAAGAAAGAACAAGACAAACAGGAAGAAAUGGGCAAGAAGAAAUCCAAGGUAUUCUUUCAUGGAUUAACACAAGUGAUAGAAAUCAUACGAUAUGGCUGGACGAUAUGCAGAACCAACCUGAUGUUGACCCUUAACCAUUGGAUGGUUGUAUGUAUGGUGAUCAUGAUCUGUGUCAACCUUUUGCUUGUACAGAAAAUGGUCGAUGUAGAAUCACGUUUGAAUCGAUUAACUCAACCUUCUAAUGAAAUGGAUACUUCUGUGGAACAAACGUAUCGUGAUGAACUUUGGUCAUGGCUCCAAACAUUGGAUGGAUGGGAUAGAACAACCACAGCUUCUUCUGGUGUGUUGGAUGAUUCUGUUUUGGAUCAAGAUUUAUUGGCUUUGGCGAAAAUGGUACGACGUGCUGAAAAAGAUAUUGGUCAAGUCUCACAAGCAGUGGAAAAACAACGACGACGCAUUCAAACUGGUUCAUAG